AUGGAUGCUAUGCCCAAUACGCUGAUAGGAAGGAAGCCAUGCAGCUCUGGUUUGGAUAGAGGGGCUUGGACCCCUCCUGAAGAUCUGCUUCUGAAAAACUAUGUGCAAAUUCAUGGAGUUGGAGAUUGGAGUAUUCUUCCUCUGAAAACAGGUCUGCUGAGAUGUGGAAGGAGUUGCAGGUUACGUUGGAUGAAUUAUCUUCGGUCCAGUGUAAAACAUGAUGACAUUUCAUCAGAUGAAGAAGAUCUCAUUCUCAGACUUCAUAAGCUGCUUGGUAACAGUGGUUGCAGGUGGUCGUUGAUAGCAGCUCGCAUUCCUGGCAGAACAGAUAACCAGAUUAAAAAUGUAUGGUAUUCACGUUUGAGCAAGAAAGCUGCCAAAACAGAAACCCAGCACUGUAAUGUAGUAAAACCAGUGCCAUUCAGAUAUAUAUUAGCCUCACCUAAUGAGAAUACUGUGGGUUUUAAUGCUGAAAUAAUUCAUAUGAAAGAUAGUGCCAAUAACUUCUUAUUCCAACAUACAAACUACAAGGGAAAGCAGACUAGUGGAUGUCUUGAACUGGAGGAGUUUGUUACAAAGCUUCCAGACUGGCCUUUCCCACAGUAUGUUCAUUAUAUGGCAAAAGGUGUGACCCUCACUGAAAUGCACAUUUCAGCUGUAAAUCCAAAAGAUAUUCACAAUACCAUAGAUCAGGGCUUUUGGUCACCAUCCUAAUGCACAAUGCUGUAGUUGUUUGCUAAUGGUACGAUAAACAUCUAGUUUCAAGAACAAUCUCUUAUUGCUUAGGUAUGUAUGCU